GCUCUCCAUUUCCCAAUCGGCCCGCAUAAACAUACCGCAAUAUCACGCUCAAAUGUACAGCACUUGAGAGGAAGGAGAAGAGAGAAGUGCGAAGGAUGUUCCUACGCGUGAUCGCACGGCCAUUGAUGGCCAAGGUGAAACAAACGACGGGGAUCGUUGGACUGGAUGUGGUUCCCAAUGCGAGGGAAGUUCUGAUCAAUUUGUACAGCAAAACCCUAAAAGAGAUCCAGGCCGUUCCCGAAGAUGAGGGAUACCGUAAGGCGGUGGAGAGCUUCACACAACAUCGUCUCAAGGUUUGUCAAGAGGAAGAAGACUGGGAAAUGAUCGAGAAACGCCUCGGAUGUGGCCAGGUUGAGGAGCUCAUCGAGGAAGCCCAGGACGAGCUAACGCUCAUCUCCAAAAUGAUCGAGUGGGAUCCUUGGGGUGUUCCUGAUGACUAUGAAUGUGAAGUUAUUGAGAAUGAUGCACCGGUUCCCAAGCAUGUUCCUCUGCACCGACCCGGUCCUCUGCCUGAGGAAUUCUACAAGACAUUGGAGGCUGUUACCAAAAAUGAUGCUCCUGCUGUCACCUCUGGUGAGUCACAGCCUAAGGAAUAAUAUGCUGCUGGCACUUGUCUGGAGUAACGAUUAGUUUCAUGGUUGAAUUUGUUUUUUCUUAAAGAUUAAUCUUGUUACUUUGUAUCCUGCCUGUUUUUAGGUUGAAUAGAGUUUGAUUAAUGAGACAAAGGCUUGAACUAUCCGGUUAAUAAUCUUGAGAUGAACAGGUGUUACAAGAUCUUUUUUGUUUUACCACA